AGCCCUACUAGAAAUCAGAUCGAGUUCCACACGGCUGCGAAGAUGCACCCAGCAAUCAUCGUUGUCUUGGUUAUUGGCGCACUGUCGGAGAUGUGGGUUGUUUUUGCGGUCUCGUACGCUGCUUUGCAGAGGGAUGAUGGUCGUGGAUACUACCGGAGGGUAACGGAUGCCCUGAGAUUCAAGCUGUAG